CUUAACCAGGCCAAGUUCUGCCAUAAAUGACAAAGAAAAGAAAAAAUCUACGUCGAAUGCCUCAGUCAAUAAUAAUCGAGUAAAAAAAUUAGAAAACGUAGUCUCUAAUUGAUGGCACGAAAAGAUUUGAUUUAUCAAAGAACUUAAUUUUAAACCAUUUUUGUGAAUCAAACGAGAAACAUCGUGGGGUCCAGCACCUGAACUUUUACAUGCAAGGAUCAUGCAUGAAAGUCAAUACCAUAAGUUUUUAAAGGUUUAUAAAAAAAAUAAUUAGUUUCACCAUCUGGCUUGGCAUUCAUUUGAUGAACUUGGCGAGGAUCAAUGCAUGCAGGAGAGUUCAACUUUCUCCCUUCUUAACAUGUUUUGGUAGCCAAAAGAUACUGCUACCCGUUGAAGCACAGCACAUAUGGCUUUUAGAGAGGCUCAAGUUGGCUUGAAUCCCAUAGCUAUGGAGAUUGAUUCAGGAGAAAAGCGGCUGAACGAACUUGGAUACAAGCAGGAACUCAGAAGAGAAAUGAGUUUAUUCAAGACAUUUGCGAUAACCUUUUCGACCAUGGCACUUUUCAUUGGAACUCCACUGUACGGAUCUAGCCUACUAUAUGCAGGCCCUGCAAGCAUGAUAUGGGGUUAUGUUGUUGUCACCAUCUUCACCUGGUUUGUAGGAUUUGCCAUGGCUGAGAUCUGCUCAUCUUUUCCAACUACUGGCUCCCUUUAUUUUUGGGCUGCACACUUGGCUGGACCCCGGUGGGGGCCAUUUGCAUCCUGGUGCUGCGCUUGGCUAGAAACUAUCGGUCUCGUUUCUGGAAUCGGCGCAUCGGCCUACUCUGGAGCACAGGGAUUGCAGAUAAUAAUUCUUUUGUCCACUGGGACAAACAAGGGUGGAGGCUACUUGGCAACAAGGAGCGUAUUUUUGUCUAUGUAUAUAAUCCUUACCUUAAUAUGGGCAGUUCUGAACUCCUUUGCAUUGCAAGUCAUUGCAUUCCUCAACAUGAUUUCUGUAUGGUGGCAGGUCAUUGGCGGAUUUGUUAUAAUAGUAGCUCUUCCCAUGAUAGCAAGCCCGACACAAUCAGCAUCAUACGUUUUUACUCAUUUCGAAACAUCUCCUGAGACAACUGGCAUACAUAGCAAACCUUAUGCAGUAAUAAUGUCAGUACUUCUAGGCCAAUUCUGUUUGUAUGGCUACGACAUUGCGGCUCAUCUUACUGAGGAAACCAAAGGUGCUGACAGAACUGGUCCCUUGGCCAUUCUUUUUAGCAUAGGAAUCAUUUCAGCAUUUGGAUGGGCAUAUAUCUUAGCCCUUACAUUUAGCAUCCAGGAUCCUGCAUAUUUAUAUGAUCCAAACAACGAAACAGCAGGUGCACUCGUUCCUGCACAGAUAAUUUAUGAUGCAUUUUAUGGAAGGUAUCACAGUGGUACUGGAGCCAUAAUUUUUCUCUGUAUCAUUUGGGGAACCUUCUUCUUUGCAGGGCUCUCAGUCACAGCUAGUGCUGCUAGAGUAGUCUAUGCACUAUCCAGGGAUGGAGUUCCAUUUUCAAAAGUCUGGAGAAAAAUACAUCCAAAACAGAAAGUUCCAAUAAAUGCAGUGUGGUUGUGCACAGCCAUUUCCAUUAUCAUAGGACUUCCCAUCUUGAAAUCCAAUGUAGUUUACACUGCUGUCAUUUCCACUGGUACAAUUGGAUGGGUGGGAAGCUAUGCUGUCCCAAUUUUUGCAAGGCUGGUCAUGGAUGAGAAGGAUUUUAAACCAGGUCCCUUCUAUUUGGGAAGAGCAAGCAAGCCAAUUUGCUUGAUAGCUUUCUUAUACAUAUCUUAUACUUGUUCAGUCUUUCUGUUGCCAACUCUUUACCCUCUGCAAUGGGAUACUUUCAACUAUGCACCUAUAGCUAUUGCUGGAUCAUUGACACUGAUAAUGCUUUGGUGGGUGCUGGAUGCAAGGAAAUGGUUCAAGGGACCAGUGAGGAAUAUUGAAUUCCAGAAUGGAGCCAUUUAAAACUGUUCUACCAUUCCAAGAGGACAAAAUUUCAUAUAAAAUAGAGAAAGAAAAGAAAGCAAAGGUUGUAAUAUGUAGUAGAUGUACUUCAUUGUCUUAAAAUGAUCGUUUAUAUGCCUGGUUUAUGUAAACUGGUCGAAUAGAUUGGCAUUACAGCUACACUAUGUUUUUUAUUUUCCCUAAUCAAGCAUGUUAUAGAUAUAUAAAGUA